GUCAAGGGGUUGAGAGCACAUGACAUCUUUGCCAUAGCUAGUCGCCGGUCUGACUCCUCCUUCUGAGGAACUCAGUAACGCUCCCCUCGCUCCAUCUUCUCAAAUCGUCGUUCGCGACGCUCCAUAUCGGCUUGGUGGAUAAGGUUGGGUUUAGGCCGUUGCAGGAUCUGCUUUGGUGCUUCCAGAUAUUGCUUGCUCAUGAUAUCAUCCAUGGGGCUUCAUUGCUCGGGCCAGACCAGCCUCCAGUUCCGCACAUCUAGCCACACAUCAUGGCGAUCAAACCACUUCCUUCCAAUGAUCAAAUCAUGCUGGCCCAGGUCCGCGAUCAGAAAGGGUUGAUUCAAGAAACGUCGUCCGCCAAUAAGCAAGUGGCACACUAUGGCAUGGGUAAUUGCUGCCCCAGCUCGUCCAUCAUACCCUUUGGUACCUAUUGAUGUCUUCAGUCGGUGGGUGGGAAUCUCAAAGAAUUUCGCUAAUUCUAUCUCACGUUUGGUGUGUAUGAAAAGAUAACUGUUUGCUCCAGUGUCGGCCAAGGUAGUCAAGGGGAAGUAUAGUUAAGGGAGGUGUAUGGAAAGAAGAGCAACAGAAGCAAGGAAUCGAACUUAUUGAAUUUAUGAAUUACCCGACAAACUGCAGAAAAUAGAGGUGAUGACUUGUGUCUAUUUCGCUUAAAUACCAGAAUAGUUAUACGCUCUCAAUCAAGCCAGAGAAUGCUAGUUACAUAUAUAUACAACUAAGCAAGACUAAGCAGGCCACU